GUAAUAAUCUGUUUACUUCCUGUGGCCGUGGAACCCGUAUUAUCGUAUACGGCGAGAAUGGCCCUGGAGACGGUGCCAAAGGACCUGCGGCAUCUGCGAGCUUGUUUGCUGUGCUCGUUAGUCAAGACUAUAGACCAGUUUGAAUAUGAUGGGUGUGACAAUUGCGAUGCAUACCUACAAAUGAAGGGCAACAGAGAGAUGGUGUAUGACUGCACCAGCUCUUCAUUUGAUGGAAUCAUCGCGAUGAUGAGUCCAGAGGACAGCUGGGUCUCCAAGUGGCAGCGCGUCAGUAACUUUAAGCCAGGUGUAUACGCUGUGUCAGUCACUGGUCGUCUGCCCCAAGGAAUCGUGCGGGAGCUGAAAAGUCGAGGAGUGGCCUACAAAUCGAGAGACACAGCAAUAAAGACCUAGCUAGGUGCAGGCCAUAGCGUCUUGUUCUCUACUUCUGUCCUUGUUUUCUUGUGGAACUAAAGGGUGGGACCCCAAAGACUCCUUGCCCUCCAGCUCAGGAUCAGCAGACCCCGUGAAGGCAGCACAUCCAGCCUUAAGUCACCUCCCUUUCUCUGACCACUGGUGAAGUGGGAGUGUCUGAGUGGAUUCUCAGAGGCUGUUUCAGGAGAGUAAGAUGCUGAUUUCCCACCUCUGUUCAGGGUUUUGCCUUUGUCCAUGGGCAGGACUUUGGUUCAAAUGCCAAUAAAACAAACCUUUGGAACAUACUUAAAGAGUACUAAGGCCUGUGCCUUUGACCUUUUCCUCUCACGAUGAGGCCUCACUUGCCUGCUGACCGGAAGUCCAAUAUCCUGUCCUCUCUCCCUGGUGUACCCUCCUUUGAAGGAAUCAAGGCUCCUUGGUGCCUUUUUCCUUGACCCUCUAUCACUUCCCUCUCUUCCUUUGUCUCUUUUCUUUGCUCCUGUUGUACCUUUGCCGGGUGAUCUGGGUUUUUGUGUUUCCAUGGAAAACAGGCCCUCCUCUGGCUAAGAAGGGAGCCAUGGGUAAUGCCACAUUGGCCAAGAUGUCUUUUUUUUUUUUUUUUUUUUAAAUAAUAAAACGUUUACCAUAUAUUCUCAC